GCUUGCCCGGGCAAGUGGGAACUACCGGCUGCCUGGAUGCCACGUGCCGGUGGGAGAAACGUCCGGGCUUCAGAGUGCUGCCCCAUCAGAAGAUUACCUCCCAGGCCUCCCUGUCCCCGAGUAGUGAGCAGAUUGGGAUGGUACCUGGGGAAGCCCCUGAGUCUGCCCAGUGCCUGUGCCCUUUGCUGACAAGCCCGAGUGCCAAGGAUGUGCUUCGGAGGAAGCACAAGCGAAAGAGCCGACAGCACCAGCGGUUCAUGGCCCGGAAGGCCUUGCUGCAGCAGCAGGGGCUGCAGAGGGCGCCCCCAGAGCCAGCAUCCUCCCCCGCUCCUGUGCCAUCGGAGGCACCACCAGGCACUGAGGCCGCCAGCCGUGGGAGGCAGCAUCCAAGGGAUGAAUCUGGAGGUGCCCCAUGCAGCAGAAAGCCCACCCCCGGGGAAUGUGCUGGGCCCUCGCCCAGCAAGUACGUGGCUAUCGACUGCGAGAUGGUGGGCACAGGACCCCGAGGGCGGGUGAGUGAGCUGGCCCGCUGCUCCGUGGUGAGUUACCAUGGUGACGUCCUCUACGACAAGUACAUCCGGCCGGAGAUGCCCAUCGUGGACUAUCGCACCCGCUGGAGCGGCAUCACUCGGCAGCACAUGCGCACGGCCAUCCCCUUCCAGGUGGCCCAGAGAGAGAUCCUCAAGCUCCUGAAGGGCAAGGUGGUGGUGGGGCACGCCCUGCACAACGAUUUCAGGGCCCUUAAGUACGUCCACCCUCGGAGCCAGACCCGGGACACCACCUGCGUCCCCAGCCUCCUCAGCCAGCCCGGCCUGCACACCCGGACCCGGGUCUCUCUCAAGGACCUGGCCCUGCAGCUGCUGCACAAGAAGAUCCAGGUGGGCCGGCACGGGCACUCGUCGGUGGAAGAUGCCAUGACGGCCAUGGAGCUGUACCGGCUGGUGGAGGCGCAGUGGGAGCAGCAGGAGGCUGGCCGCCACCGCGCCCACCCCGAGGACAGAGAGCCUGACAGCAGCACGGACAUGGAGCAGUACAUGGAGGACCAGUACUGGCCCGAGGACCUGGGCCCUGGCUCCGGCAGGGGCGAGAGGGAGACACAGGGAAGAAGGGUGUGAGGGAGGAGGGGCUUGUGGGGAGCGGGGCCAGGAGAGCACUGGGUGCUCACCUGGGCGAGGCGGAUGCAGCCAGCUCCCCCAGGUCCGAGGAGUUGGGAUCGUCUGUUCUCGGCCCCCCUGCCCCGUGGACUUGCUUGUGGCACUCUACAGACACCGUGAACCUGCCAGGUGGACCGGCUGCCAGGGCCCAGCCCCCUGGGAGGGGUGAGAGUCAGCCUCUUCCUGUGUCUCCCUCCCUCGACCUUCAGAGUCACUGUCAGGCUCAGAGUAAGCACCCCAGAAGCUUUUGAGCUGAGGUGACUCCGGAGACGUGUUCCCCUUCUCUCUGAUGGAGCUCUGGCUACAGCGCCAGAGGAGCUGGUGGCGGGCUCAGAUGGGCCCUCGGGGCCUGCAGGCUCCUGGGGCACCGCCCCUCACACGCUUGGCACCAGGAGCAGGGAGGGCGGACAAGCUUCCGGUGGGGAUCGGCGUGUUUAUUUUGAACCAGAUCAGGCAUUUCCCCUGCCCACUCAACACUAGGCUCUCGAGCAAAAACCUGAGAAACCAGGAAAUGGUUUGAGAUCUGGAACACCUGGGCAGUUGCACCCAAGGGACCUUACAUAUUUAUUGAGAGCAAGGCCAC